CACCCCGGAACCCGGCGAGCGCGCGCGGGGGCGGGAGGCGAGCGCGCAGAGCUGGCGGGAGCCCCCGCCGCCCCCGGUCCCCCGGCCAUGUCGGCCGACGAGAUGGUGCAGAUUCGCCUGGAGGACCGCUGCUACCCGGUGAGCAAGCGAAAGCUCAUCGAGCAGAGCGACUACUUCCGCGCCCUCUACCGCUCCGGCAUGCGCGAGGCCCUGAGCCCGGAGGCCGGGGGCCCCGAGGUGCAGCAGCUGCGCGGCCUCAGCGCCCCGGGCCUGCGCCUGGUGCUGGACUUCAUCAACGCGGGCGGCGCCCGCGAGGGCUGGCUGCUGGGCCGGCGCGGGGAGCCGGGUGGCGGGGCCGAGGAGGAGGAGGAGGACAUGGACGAGGCGAGCCUGCUAUCUGAGCUGGUGGAGGCGGCCUCCUUCCUGCAGGUCACGUCUCUGCUGCAGCUGCUGCUGUCCCAGGUGCGGCUCACCAACUGCCUGGAGCUGUACCGCCUGGCGCAGGUGUACGGGCUCCCGGACCUGCAGGAGGCCUGCCUGCGCUUCAUGGCUGUCCACUUCCACGAGGUGCUGUGCAAGCCCCAGUUCCACCUCCUGGGCUCUUCUCCUCCGGCCCCCGGGGAUGUCAGCCUGAAGCAGAGGCUGAGAGAGGCCCGGAUGACCGGGACUCCCGUCCUCGUGGCCCUAGGGGACUUCUUGGGGGGACCCCUGGCCCCUCACCCCUACCAAGGGGAGCCCCCGUCCAUGCUCAGGUACGAGGAGAUGACGGAGCGCUGGUUCCCGCUGGCCAACAACCUUCCUCCCGACCUGGUGAAUGUCAGGGGGUACGGGGCUGCCAUCCUGGACAACUACCUCUUCAUCGUGGGCGGGUACAGGAUCACCAGCCAGGAGAUCUCUGCCGCGCAUUCCUACAACCCCAGCACCAACGAGUGGCUCCAGGUGGCCUCCAUGAACCAGAAGAGGUCUAACUUCAAGCUCGUGGCUGUUAAUUUCAAACUCUAUGCCAUUGGUGGGCAGGCCGUUUCUAAUGUUGAGUGUUACAACCCUGAGCAGGAUGCCUGGAAUUUUGUGGCACCCUUACCAAACCCUCUGGCUGAGUUCUCUGCGUGUGAGUGUAAGGGGAAAAUUUAUGUCAUUGGAGGAUACACUACCCGAGACCGGAACCUGAACAUCUUGCAGUACUGCCCCUCCGCCGACCUCUGGACUCUUUUCGAAACGUGCGACGUCCACAUCCGCAAGCAGCAGAUGGUGUCGGUGGAGGAGACCAUCUACAUCGUGGGGGGCUGUCUGCACGAGCUGGGGCCCACACGAAGGGGCAGCCAGAGUGAGGACAUGCUCACCGUGCAGUCCUACAAUACCGCCACCCGCCAGUGGCUCUACCUCAAGGAGAACACAUCGAAGUCGGGCCUUAACCUGACGUGCGCACUGCACAACGAUGGCAUCUACAUCAUGAGCAGAGACGUGACCCUGUCCACCAGCCUGGAGCACCGAGUUUUCCUCAAGUACAAUAUCUUUUCAGAUAGUUGGGAAGCCUUUAGGCGUUUCCCAGCUUUUGGACACAAUUUGCUGGUCUCUUCUCUUUAUCUGCCCAAUAAAACAGAAACCUGACUGAAUUGACCUAGAACUGAAAAAGAAACCUGGUUCAAGACCAAAAAACACAACUGUCCAAUUUCCAGAGAGACUGAUUUUCAAAGGGAAAAUGUGAGUUUUAGGUCAUUUAUACAGAAGCUGUAAAUAAGCUUACUUGAACUAAUUUACUUGAAAACUUGUGGGAAAAAAGAGAGACCAACUUUAUUAUUUUUUUAAUUAUUGAUUUUUAAAUUAUGGGAGCAAAUCCAUGAUAAUGUUUUUUGUACAAAUGUGAUACCCUUGGGCCAAUGUCUGAAACUGAUCUUCAAAAAGAAGAUUCAUUGUGCCUGUUUAGUAAAGGGCCAAAGUCAAAAUUGGUAAGAAUGCUAAAGAUGAUUUUUAAAUCUGUUUUAUUUAGAUCACUUGAAAUAUCAUUGAUACCUUAAGUGAGAGGUUUUUUUGUUUGUUUUUGUUAUUAAUUUACUUGACAAACAUGAAUAUUAACGCUGUCUUUCUCCCCUGGUCACACCCACAUGUGUUGCAGUGUGUUUAAACUAGGGUUCUGUGUUCAUUUAUUUUAUUUGCACAUGACUUUCCAGAAAACUUACACCAGUGGAACCCAACACCCAGUCCUCCCCCAAACCUGUGUAACAAUGUUCUCAGCUAUUUUUCAAGUCUUUUUUUUUUUUAACAGUUAUGAAUGCUGAGUAAAUAGGCCGGUAUAACCUCUUAUUUCAUUCAUGUAGCAGAUUGCAGAUUUGUGUGGUCAGGUUAUAUUGCUAGGCAUUCUGUAUUUCUUAAAAAAGAGGAUAUAUUGUUUAAAAGAAUGAAUCUCUAUAUUUUUUAAAUUGAGUCUUAAAUGGGAAGGGAAGGAAGCACCAAAUAAGAGAAAAAAAAAAAUGCCUUUGAAAGUUACUUUUAUCGAAUGUAUUUGACCUAGUUCUUUAAGUUUGAAAGUGUAACUUUAUACUUAAGUCAGACACCUUUCAGAUUUAAUCUUGGCUUUUUAAUUCAUGCUUUGCUUUUGUGGGGUAAAGUGAGGACAGCUUUGAAACAUUUGUGCUAGAGAGAGGGAAAGAAGCCCCUAGAGAUGGAGUAGCAUCUGCUAGGACUUCGGAAAUUUGGUAAGGUGCUCUAUUUGCCUUGGUUGGUAAAUCAAGUGGAACCCAGCUUAAGAGUUGUUUGUUUACAGUAAAUAGUUAACAAUGAAUAAAAUCUUCUGCCAGUCAUAGAUCAGCAUUUCUUUAAAAAUAUACAGGCAUCUCUUGGAUAUGCUGUAGUUCAGUGCCAGACCACUGCAAUAAAGCAAAUUGAAAGGAUUUUCAGGUUUCCCAGUGCAUGUAAUGGUUAUGUUUGCACUAUACUAUAUAGUCCAUUAAGUGUUCAGUAGUAUUAUGUCUUAAAAAAAUGUCCAUACCUUAAUUUUAAAAAUACUAUUAUUAUUAAAUACUGCUAACCAUUAUACCUGACAAAGUGGGGUUGCCACAAAUCUUCAAUUUGUAAACAGUGUAUUAAUCUGCAAAGUAUAGUAAAGUGAAGCACCAUGAAAUGAGUUAUGCCUGUAUAUACACAUGUAAAGCAAUUUUAUUUCCAUUGAAAAACAUUUUUUGAAGCCCUCUGAUUUUUUGCAGUGGAAUAACUAAAUUGUGAGCUGGAUCCUGUCGUUCUGUCCUAACAUUCCAGUUUCAGCGUGCCUCACUUUAAAAAGGUCCUGUAGAAAAACAAAAACUGUUAGGGCAAAUUCAUGCAUUCAGCACGCUUACUGAUGCCUCCAGUAUGCAUUCACUGGGCAGGUGGACACAGAGGAGUCGAUGACCUUAACAGGCUUCAGUUUAUACAAGGACUCACUACAGGGUUUCUUCACAACUAUGACCUCCUAGUAUAUUUAAAAUAAGGGUCUGGUUGUAAAAAAUUCUAGUUGCACAACUUUUCAGGAAUACUUCUAUUAGGUAAAAUGUGGUAAGUCUUUAUUGUGGACAUGGAGAUAGAUUUUUGUGUCUUGUUACCAAAUAAUCUUAUCAACAACAAUAUUGAAGGGUUUCUAAGCCAUAUCCAUUUAUUCUCAAAUACUUAGCCUUCUUUUUCUUUUUCUUUUUUUUAAAGAACUCUGACUUAAAUUUUAUUGGGAAUAGUACUUUAAUAAUAGAUUUAUAUUAAUUUAUAUUCAUUAUAGAAUUGAAUUUCUGGUGACCAGUAAUUUCAUUACAUAUAUUUAAAAAUCUAAUUUAUUUUAGAUAGUGUUAACUUGUGUUACUAUAGAUCUUAGCGUUUUUAAGGCUUAACCUUAUAUAUUCCUACGAUUAUAGCCAGUUGAAUUAAUUCUGGACAAACAGUUGGAGAUUAGCUCGUAAAUACCCACAUUAUAAGAAAUACAAAAUUUCCUGCCAACCAGUUCUCUUCUUGAUUACAUUCUUUGGAUCUAUUUUCCUCGUGCCAACAAUUAGAUUCUUUGACCAAGUGAAGGCAUACUCUUAUCCACAAAGCUCUUUUUAUAAACCAAGUUUAAUGUGUGUGUAUGUGCAUCUGUGUGUGUGUGUAACGAGUGUGCAUGCGCACACAUAGGCAUCUGGCAUAUUAAGCUCUAAGAUACGCAGACUCUAACAAGACUUCCUUGGGGGUGCCAGCAGUACUUAGGCAAAACAGAAAGUGCGGUAGGAGAGAUCUGUGGAUUUGAGACUUCCUUCUUGCUGUACACAUUAGCUGUGUUGAUGUUUUGAGAGUAGUUUUAAUUUAGCCUCAUGCUCUCACUGGUGCCAAUGUUGUACUGAAGACUCUACCUAUGAUGAAGGCAAUGUUGCUUGAAAGUCUCCCUUUGUUUCUUCUCUUUCUCCAACUGCUGUCUCAUUUUCAGAGAAGCUUUUGAGGGCUGCUGCCCUCCCACUGUGGAGAGGGGAGUUACUGGGAAGACCUGAAUGCUGGCCACCUUGCCAGAAGCACCCUAUUUCACUGAGCAUGGUCUAAGUGUGAAUUGUUAGAUGGAGGUUAUUGGUUCUCCAGUCAUUCCUUCUGGCUUUCUUUUCUGCAUCCUUAGUUUCUGAGGCCCCUCCCUUUAAACAUUUGUCUGAUGAAUGUAUAGGAGUUGAUUAUUUCAACUAUAUUUGUUAAAUCUUAACAGUGAAGUACUGAGAAGGUUAUGGAUACUAGUAAGAAACAAGUAGAUUAGGAUUAAGCAUGAAUACCAAAGAGAAUUUAACUCUGCCAUUUUUUUUAAAAAACCAAAAUCCUAAGUAAUUCCAAAUGCCUUAGAUAUCAAUUAAAAUUGUUCUGAGAUGGACAAAACUCUCUACCGGGAGAGUAAUCAAGUAAAUGCCUGUUCUCUUUCGAUAAACCAUUACUCUUUGAGUGUUGUGAAUGCCAUGUUUUCAGAUUUCUAGGUAAAGUCAUGACCCUAUGUGUUUGGCUGCACAGGUAAAUCGAGUGUGAAGGCUUUGCUGUCCUGGUCGACCAGCACUUAAUAAGCAGUGGCUUAAUGCAGAGCACUUGAGAGACAACAUAGCAACAGAGAGGGAAUAUGGGUGAGUCCUUCACUGGAUGCCUUUCUCCUAGACUAGGGCUGGGGAAGAUGAAACACUAUGCCACCAUUCUUUCAAGGUGGCGUUACGAGUGAGCAGCACUUUUUGCCUCUGUGGCAGAAAUUGGUCUUAAAAAUCCAUGUCAUUAAUGCUUCCAGGCAUCUAUUACCAGCCCAUCAGAGUGAGAUGAGGUCUCUUUGUCAUCCCUGCCUUAGGCAGAGGAGUGAAUGAAUGACAUGAGUAGACACCACCCAGAAUGUCUGUGAAAGCAGUGAGCUGAUUGAGCUGUUUUCUGGUUUCCCAAAAUACAUAUUAAAUCUCUAUCAUGUGCAAGAAAGUGCUAAGAAGUGGGGAGACAGACAUAAGUAAGCCACCAUCCCUAGCCUUGAAGACCUUGCAGCCUUGUGGAAAUGUUUGCCGUGACCGUCUUAGACUGUCUGGAGGAUGCCCGCUUUCGUCAGGUGCACUGGGGCGUGUUGCAUUCCUGCAUCUUCAGUCCUGGCCCCAGUCUGGCCCCUACCUUACAUGGUUGACUAACGAUCAUCAUACUAGCUGAUUCAUACUGGCUAUACACUCAAUUUAAACAUCACAUGCUGUGUUUUUUUUUUUUCUUUUUCACCGUAUGCUCUUUUCUCACUACUUUCCAUAGUCUUCUCUGUACUUCAUUUUCCUGAGAAGGAUGAUAUGAGAUUGGCUUUAUUUAAAAAUACUUAGUAGGCACCAUGGCUUAUGGAGCUGAGAGCUCAACAGCUUGAUCCCAUGAGAAUGAUGAACAAAUCCAGGGAGGCAGGUAUUGGGAGAGAAGCCAGCUGUUCACGUGUGUGUUUAUACCUAUGCCUUUAACACACUUCGAUCAAAAAUAUUAAUAAAGAAAUGGACAUCUAUAUACUAGUCCUGACUGAGAGUCAGUUGAUUUCUGCCUUUGUGAUAACUAUUAAAGGGUAUAUUUCAUUCACAUAAGCAUAUUUUUUUUUCCAUUUUCUGGUGUUAACUUAGGAACACAAUAUAAAAUACACACCAAUUGACACAGACUGAGUUUAGCACUUAACAUAACCAGUUUUACCCAUUCAUUCCUGUAGGAGACAGAUUAAAUGUAAAAGAUGGUCAAUUUUGAGUUGCAAAAGUGUGCUGAAAUGACUUUGAUGGGGUUGGCUGGUGCUUUGUCAAGUGGAUGUCAGAGUUUAUUACUAGUAAAGAAAAGGAAAAUGUAAUUUGCAUUAUUAUGCCGUUUUUCUAAAAAAAACUUAAUAGGGACUCUUUAGAUGUCUCUACAAUGUUUUCAUAUCUAGUGGUCAUUUUAGAAAAAAAAGAUAAUCUAUAGAAUGAAUAGUUAUGUUUUGUUAUGAUUGAUACUUUCUUGGUUAAAAUGGUUGUAUUGUGUCUUCAGUUUCCAGUGUGGCUUAAAAUGUAAACAUUCACAUGAUUCAUUUAAAUACAAUGAUGCCUAUGAAGCACUCACUCAGACAGCAUUCCUUUUAUGUUUAGAACUACAGAAGAAAAUCUCUUCAAAUAAAAUAGUUCUAAAUCUG